UACAAAAUUCUGCAACUACUAAAGGGUAAAGCCGACCUCUACAUCCACCCUUCUGGUGCCCGCAAGUGGGACCUCUGUGCACCCAUUGCCGUAAUGGAGGCCGCAGGUGGUGUUGUUCGUACCAUGGACGGUCGUCGCCACCUAUUCAAUCAUCUUGAUCCAAAGUCCAGCAUCGCAGAAAGUGGAGGCAUCUUUGCGGCAGCCACGCAAGCCCUCUACGACCGUUGGUCCCCAACUGUUAAGAAGCUGCACCAGUCUCUUUCUCACGCAAAACAGUCAGCCUAG